AUGGAUAUCCCCCAAAUGCAAAUGCAGUCCCCCAAAGAUGACUACACCGGCCCCAGUAAAUACCGCCAUCUCUACCACCACCUCCAAAACCCUGAAAGCCACCCAACCGCCAAACUCCACGCCUGGAAACACCUCCACCAGCUCUUCGACAUCACCCUUUCCAAAGCCCUCCUCUCCUCUUCACCCACAAUCCUCUCAAUCCCCAAAUACAGCCGCAUAAACCUCACAGACUUCCUUUCCACAGCUGAAAGAAACACUCUAACCCAAUGGACAUCAUACCUCUCCCGUCGUUCAUCCGGUGGGAAGCCAGAAAUGAUUCUUAACCAUUCCCACGCAUCACAUUUCCUCCGUCUCGCUGCUCCUGCAAAAUACGUAGACGGGGUAUGGCUCAGCGGUCUUCACCGUUCAAAUACACCUUUGAACAUUCGACCAAUAACCCGUAUUGCAUGGCAAAUACUGUCUGAAGAACUAGGCGAUGGAGAUCUAGCCAGAAACCACGUAUACAUCUACUCCCAACUUCUCAAAUCCCUCAACAUGUCGACAAAUAUAAAUACAACUAUUACAGCCAAUAAUAAUAAUAAUAAUAAUAAUAAUAAUAAUAACACAGCUGGAGUACCAGGUGCAGACUCUCAGCUGUUCAUCGAUGAAUCACAAAACGUUCCUGGGAAAGAUAUAAACAGCUGGAUCGCAGCUAUCGCACAACUUUCGUUAGGGAUGUUCCCACAAGAACUACUACCCGAGAUCUUGGGGUUUAAUCUGGCUUAUGAAGCCGUUACGUUGGAGACUUUGGUCUGUGCGCAUGAGUUGAGAGAGUUGAGACUCGAUCCUACGUAUUUUAAUCUACAUAUUACGAUUGAUAAUGCGGACUCCGGGCAUACAGCUAUGGCACUCCAUGCUGUCAUAGAAUUGAUGAAGACUUGUGAGUCUGUAGACGAGGAGGAUAGUAUGUGGAGAAGAGUUCAGGCUGGGUAUACGCUAGCUCAGGGGUUAUCGGUCAACCCGUGUCCGUUGACACAAACGGAACUAGAUGUUUUGGAGAUAUUCUCGAAUAAAUGCGGUGCUGCUACGUCUGCGCAUUUAAGAUGUAAAGCUCAUAUCGGGGGGGCUAAGGGGAUGAAACUUGGGGAGUGGAUGGAUCCUGAGAAGUGGGAAGGGAGGAAGUAUACGUUUUUGGAGGUAUUGGGGUCGUCUUCUUGGGUUGUUCCUGGGAAACCGGAGGAGAGCAGGUUGAUACAGGAGAUUUCAUGGAAGGGGAGGAUGUUUGGGGCGUUUACUGUUAAUGAGACUAUGGUGCUUAAGAAUUGGAUAUUGGAGAUGUCGACUAUAAGUGCGGUGGAACGAUUUGAAAGGGAGAUUGAGGAAUCUAAGGGUUCUUAUAUCCGUUUCGUAGGAUCAUGUCCACCGGUUUUGAAACCCCAGGACAUCGAUCCCGUUCAUCAUACUACCCUCGAAACGGAAUCUGAAGACCCCAUUCUUCCAGAAAUACCAGAAAUCCCAUCAGAACUUCCCAUCAACAUCGUUCCAAGGAACUUCGAUCCUUACAAGUUACUAUUGGCUGCCGCAAUACCUCUACAGCACUACCUCUCAAGUUCAACAAAAUCCGCCACUCAACGGGGUAUGACCGUUCUCAAGAUUCUCAGAGUCCUAAACGGCCUGGCCGACGUCGGCAAUCUAAUCGCCGGAAUGGACGAAGUAACAAACCCCUCCGGUCUGGGAGUAAUAGAACUGGCUCAGAAACUUCAUACCCUCAAAGUUAGCCAAGUCCAAUCGAUGCAAUUAGAAUUGGACACAAAGUGGAAUUGGUUGAACUCCACAUCCCUAGCUCCGGAAUCAAACUUCUCGUUCUUGAUAGGUGUUCAAUACGCCCUCGUCUUUUUGAUGCAUAGCCCCGAAGCAUUCGGUGUGAUGAACGAAGAAAUCUCGACAAAGAUGCAAGAGAUAAGUAUCAGAGUCAAAGAUGAGCUAGAAUUUUUAGGCUUCCGGACGAAUGAAGAGAGCAAACGGGGUUUCUGGAUGACUAUUAAUACGGUUAUUCGUGAGACCUGA